CAACGCCGCGCCGCGGCCCCGAUCAGGAAGUGAAUUUGAAGAAAAUAAGCGACUGUGGAGGUAGAAUGACAUAGAGGGGGAGAGGUGGGAGAGAAGCAAGCGGAGAAAGAAGAGACGAACGGAGGGAGGGAUCGACCCUGUUUCUGGACCUCUAUUGAGCUGCUCCCCUCUUGGACAUACUGCACCGCCAAAAAAUGCUCAUAAAGGAAUUUCGAGUGAUUCUUCCUAUCUCUGUGGAAGAGUACCAGGUGGGCCAGCUGUACUCUGUGGCUGAGGCCAGUAAGAAUGAGACGGGUGGAGGAGAAGGUGUGGAGGUGCUAAAAAAUGAGCCCUACGAGAAAGAUGGAGAGAAGGGACAGUACACACACAAAAUUUACCAUUUGCAGAGUAAAGUGCCGUCAUUCGUCAGAAUGUUGGCUCCAGCUUCAGCUCUCAACAUCCAUGAGAAAGCCUGGAACGCAUACCCAUACUGUCGCACAGUCAUCACUAAUGAGUAUAUGAAAGAAAACUUCCUGAUCAAGAUCGAGACAUGGCACAAACCUGACAUGGGACACCAGGAAAAUGUACACGGUUUGGAUCCAGAAACCUGGAAGAAGGUGGAUGUAGUCUAUAUUGACAUCGCGGACAGAAGCCAAGUGGAGCCAAAGGACUACAAGCCAGAGGAGGACCCUUGCAGGUACAAGUCAGUGAAGACAGGACGAGGCCCUCUAGGACCAGACUGGAAGAAGGAACUUCCUAAGAAGACAGACUGCCCACACAUGUGUGCCUACAAACUGGUCACUGUCAAAUUCAAGUGGUGGGGCCUGCAAAACAAAGUGGAGAACUUCAUUCAAAAGCAAGAGAAGCGUUUGUUCACUAAUUUCCACCGUCAGCUGUUCUGCUGGAUAGACAAGUGGAUUGAAUUGAACAUGGAGGACAUUCGUCGCAUGGAGGAGGAGACACGCAAGGAGCUAGAUGAGAUGAGAGUGAAGGACCCAGUGAAAGGGAUGGUGGCUCUAGAGGACUGAGGCUGUGUUGGACCGUGAAUGCUGCUGCUCAUCAGACCAGACUACCCAGACACCAGCGGAUUCACAUCCUCCUCCUAUUCCAACUGACGCAACAUCUGACCGGCCGGUCCAAACACCCUCCCUCCCCCUCCUCCCCUGGUACAAUCUGGUUUUCAGGGACCUGGACCCAGUAAACUCCCAGUUUUAAGCUGAUCUCCUCCACCACACCCCACCUCCUUCAAGUCCCAUCCAUCUCUUAUUUGUUUACCAUCCAGUGUCCCCAUCUCAUUAACUGCUCUGAGGCCUCCAGUAGCAACACUAUAGAUCUUGUCAGUCAGUCCUCUCUCUCUCAGUCUCUAAACCGUUCUAAACUACAGAGAAUAGUGUCAUUUAUCUCUGCAAUUUAGGAUUUAUUUCUAUUUAAGAUAUCCCAAUGGUGUAUAUAUACAGUAUACCAUGUAUCGGGGAGCUGAAUAAUUGUAUUGAAAUAUAUAUAUAUAUAAAUAUAAAUAUAUAUAAAUAUAUAUAAACAGGGUUUUUAAAAGGAUUUUGUCCGUAAGUUUGUCUGUGGAUGUUUAUUUUUUUCCAGACCAAGCUGUAUCUGCUCAGUGUUGAGUUUUGAUCCUGUGAUUAUUAUUCUUUUUUUUUUUGAUUUGUCAUAAUAUCUCCUUUUCUCUAUUCGUGUCAUGCUUUAUGCAGUGUUUCCUUUUGUUGUUCAAAAAUCAAUUUGCGAGUUUAUGAAACCGCAGCUGCAAGGUUGGGAUUGUGCUAAGAGUGUUAUGUUGUUUCUGCUAUACUCCACUAUACCUACAAGAUUGGAUUUCUUCCCAGAACCUCCCUUAAUAUGUUGAUGCGUUCAUUGGCUUUUCUGCUGCUUUGCGAGUUUGUGUGUGUAUGUGUGUGUGUGUUUCUGUAGCAUUGUAAGGUCUCAAGAUGUUUUUCACUUUUCUCUCUCUCCAGAUCAUUUCUAGCUCCUCAGUUUCAUCAGGCUGUUCAAACAAGCCGCUUGAAAGUGCAGUAAUUUAAACAAACAGUCAUACACACAUACAGACACAGAUAAGGACAGAAGUAAAAUGCAUCAUUCUGCAAAGGGAAAGGCACACGAUAUCAGCCAUGAAUGAGUCUGCCUUUCUAUGGACUUCACAUCUUUUUAGCUGCAAAACUUGUUAUCAUGGCAGUGUUUUUAACUUUUGCAGCCUUCAUGGAUACACAACUGCUCCUGUUCGCUGUAGAUAGAUAAAUGGGUAUUUGAAGGUAAAACUUCACGUGAUCCGCAUCAGUUCUUGCCCUGUCACCCAUUCUGUCACCUCCAGUGGAUAAAUGGUCUUAUCCAGCGAUAGCAAUAACUACCAUGACUCGUUGGUCUCUCCUUUUAUCAUUGCAAAUCUAUUCUGUUUGUUCCGAUAUCCUGAAAAACAGUUUCAGUAACGCAGAGCCCAAGCUGAAAGUUAAGGAUUGUUGCAUUGUUGAUUAAUUAUUUAUUAAAUGCUGGUUUUGUUGUGUUUGUCUUCAGAUGAGGCGGAUCUCUCUCCUGCUGGAUCUGAAGCCUGUUACGUGUAAUAGUGUGAUUUUCUCGGUAAUUGCAUGAGUGUACAUGAGUGAUGUACAGUAGCGUGUCUUUGAAGAGAUCUGAUGCUGGCUGGGUAAAGAGGGGAGGAAGUCAUGGAGCUAGAGGAGUGAUAACAGCAGGCACGUGUACCUUGUUCCUCCUGUUGACGUCUGUUUGGCCUCCUUUGUCCUCCUUUGUCCUUAGUUACUUUGAUUAUCCUCUUGUCCAUCUUCUAUUUGUUUUUCCUCCACGUAUUUAAACAGUGUGGACAUUUAAAGAGCAAGCAACAGAUAAUGCUGAAGUCCAAAACCAUUAUAAUGAUUUAUAGUGAUCAAUUGCAGCAAUAGGCAACAUUUGGAUAGAAGAGUCACGACCAAAAAAACUGCCUUCAGAGCAAGUAGAUAAUUAUAAUUUUCCCUUCUGUUAAAGCACCUAAAGUGCAAGAAAAUGAUUAAUUUCAGAUCCAUAAGUACAUUUUUGGCACAGAAGAUGUUAAAAGUAGCAUUUUGCACUAUUAUUAAC